CCGGUUUGCCUCGUCUUCGCUUGCAACAUAUUUGAAUCACACCUUUUACACAUAUCAAUACAAUACCGGGCCCGCCUUUGUAAUUGGUAAAUCACUCGAACAAACACAACACAAGCCGCACCCAACGGCCAACUGCUCGUCGUUCGUGUCUCACGCCUCUCUUCUUCCCUUGCCACGACAUUUCCUUCCUUGUCCAUUCCCUAUACUUCCCAGCAGUAUUCAUCACCUCGGCAGCUACUUGAGGCCCAAAUAUGUUCAAGAAACUCAAAGACAAGCUCAAAGGCGAUGAUCACUCUUCCGCCGGCGGCCCGAUGGGCAACUACUCCCAGCAGGCACAAUUUCACCCUAGCAACCCGUACUACGCUCCACAACAACCUCAAGAGCAUACGAUUAGCUCGGAGCAGAAAUAUCAGCCUCCUCCGGGGCCACCGCCGGGCCAUGGCCCCUCGAACUCAGGCUACGAACCCCCUUCUGGACCACCAUCCCAUUUCCCACAACAACCGCCUCCAAGCUGGGAUCCACCUCCAUAUCAUGACUGGACAGUAAUCCCAGAUACAUCACAGCUUCCUCCCCCACCAUCGAUAGGCUAUGAAAGCUCGCCCACUGCGAAUGCUACUGGGGAAGAGGGCGCCCGAGCACUGGCCUGGACUCAAGCGAAUCCUCUGUGGCCACCACAAAAUCUAACAUCCGCCACCCACGCCGCAAUCCAGAGCGCCCAGUUGGCCUUGCUUAAGGCGCCAACAUACAUUGGAGACCUCAUGCCACAGCAACAGGCCGGACACUGGAAAUGUCGCACACAUGCAAAGUGUACAGACUCGGCUAUCCUCACAAACCUCCCCAUGUACUCCGUCCGCUGGGAUUCGCCGCUGAAUACCCACCGACCGAAGACUAUCUACUUUGAGCUCAAGGUCCUCGGCAUCGGGCGAGGCGGCUUCUCGCGCUCCGGGGUAGAUUCUGGGAUCGCAAUCGGCUUUGUUGCGCCGCCAUACCCCACAUUUCGACUUCCCGGCCAUGAGCGAGGCAGCUUAGCCGUGCACAGUGACGAUGGCCGGCGAUACGUAAACAAUUGCCGCGGCGGCAAUGACUGCACUACUCCAUUCCAGCCGGGCGAGACAGUGGGCAUCGGCAUGACCUUCGCACCUCCGAAGAAUCCUCCAUCAUACGACCAAUCACAAGGAGGAACGAUUCUCGAUAUCGAUGUCUUCUUCACACGCAAUGGGAAGAGGGUCCAAGGUUGGGACGGGAAUGAAGAGCUGGACGUGGAAAGCGAAGGAGGAGCAAUGGGUAUUCGCGGAGAGUGUGACCUGUUCCCAGCAAUUGGUGUUUUCGGUGGCGUGGACUUUGAGGUCUUCUUCCACCCUGCACAGUGGCUUUACCAUCCAUUCUAGAUGCCUCUUCUGGGAGGCUCGCAUCAGUCUUCUGCACAAACAUGUGGUACCCCCGAGGCGAAGAUUGUUGCUGUUGUUUCAACUACCUGUGGAUCACGGAUUUACGAAGCAAUAUAAAAUAAGAUACUCUCUGUCACUAGACUUAG